AUGCGUGUUUGUUCCCACUCAAGAGGGUGUUCCUAUCGAAUUUCGAUAUCAUUUGAACGUUUAAGUCCUCUAACAGCCCCGGACCCUUUUAUGGCUCCAAAACGGAAAGUGGUCGAUGAGAAUGGUACAAAUCGCACUAACUUCAGUACACAUCAAUUAACAGAACUUGAAAAAGAAUUCCAUACCGCCAAAUAUGUGAAUCGUGCACGGCGAACAGAAAUCGCCCAGAAUCUGAAGCUGAACGAAGCACAGGUGAAAAUAUGGUUCCAAAAUCGACGUAUGAAGGAGAAGAAACGAGAAAAAGAAAAGGCAUUUCUAGCCCGAAGUGUUGUUCCGUGGGAUAAUUCACCACCAUCAUCGGACGACGUUAAACUUUCACUACUUUAG